UUAGUUUCUUUCCAAAUGCCUUUACGUUUUAAAGCAGUAAUUACACCUUGCGGCAUUACCCGGUUCAGCCGGCGCCUGGCUGGAGGGCGCCCGAGAGCCCGGAGCAGCGCGCCUGGAGGGCGGAGCAGGAGCGGGAGGAGUAGGAGGAAGUGGUCAGCAGCGCGGCUGGCGCCAGGCAAUGGUGCUGCCCUGGUUGCUGCUUGGGACUGCGCCCAGGGCGGUCCUCGGGUCAGUGGAGGCUGCGCUCUGCGCGGGAGUGAGAAGCAAGAAGGCUCUGGACACAGCAAUAUCUCUGGGCUUUCACAGAAUUGUCUUGUUUUUCAUACUUGUUACCUUUUCUAGAUGAGGAACUCCAUGACUGCUCAAGGGAUUUGAGCAAGGCAAAGUGGUCCCUUCCUUUAGGACUAUUUGAAUUGGGAGAAAACAGCUUUAAAGAAGUAUACUUAACUUUAUAAUAAUUUUAUAUUUGAAAAGUGAAAAAAGUUUUUACAAUGCUACGAAUAAAUGAAAGCACAAUGAGAACACUUAUUGAAAAAAGGCAGGAUCUUUUUUUAAGUUGAAAAACUGACAAAUCAACGUCAGCUACUUGUCAAUUCUCUCAGCUUCUUCCUUAGUUUAUCAGAAUAUCUCUUCUCCACUACCUAAACAAUUUUUUCAGGAGCUCUAACUCCAAUACCUAAACUUUCGAUACUUUAAUUUUGUCCAAUAUUUCAGCGUGUGAAAACAAGGCAUUAGAGACACAUACACACACAAUCAGUGGUAAAUCUUCUUUAACAUGUCAUCUCCACUUUAUAGCAAGAGGAAAAACUGCUUUUCCUUAAAAAGGUUACCGAGCUCAUGGUUUCCUUUUUUCUCCUUGCAAAGGGCUAAAACAUGAACAUCAGGAACAGAUCCUAUUCACAGAAUCGAAAUGUAAAUUACUUACUAAUGCUUUCUUAGUAUCAAAAAUUACACUAAGAUAUCUUCUUUGUCAAGUUCUGUUCAUCUUUCAACUAUACCCAAUUGGCCCCAUCACGCACCUUCCUGCCUGCUUAAACAAAUGUAUUUAUGCAUAAGUGUUUUUAAUAUUAUUCUAGCUCUCACACAGCCACUGACAGAAACAAGAACUUAUUCUUGAAAAAGGUUAAGGAAAUAGGUAAACAAAUCACUGGAAAAUAGGUCUUUAAAACAAAAUAUAAGGCACAGGCUAAUAAAAUGGAUAAAUUUUGAGGGCACCUGCCCUAUACCUUAUCAACAUAAAACUUCAUCUAGACAUAAAGUACUGGCAAGAAGCGGUCAGUAGGCAGAAACAAGCCCGACUCUCUCCUUUCCUAGGAAUAUAAAUCCACUCAAGAUAUAAAGUGAAUGGCAAAAGAUCACAAUGCCGAUCAUCCGAAGAAAUCCCAGGCAAAAGUACGCCACAACUGUCCUGAACAAGUAGCCUCACAGUCCUGAGCUGAGUCACACUUCCCAUACCUGUGCCCACUCCAUCCGACCCCCCGCGGCCUAGCUAAACCAAUAAUCCGAAAUUAAACUCAGAAUCGUUCCUUACCGGGAGACUAAACUCUCCCUCCACCCCUCCCCCUUACAGAUCCCUCCCUCCCCGAAACUGGGGCUACGGGCGGGGAGGGGAGUCGCCUCAGAAAAGCUCGUCUUGCUUCUGGCCGCUGCCGUCUCCACUGAGGACCCCAGCAUUCGGGGCAGAGGCCGGGAACCAGGCCCAGGGGAGUGGCAGGCCCCGUCCUCACAGCCCCCCAAAAAACCGGCCCCAGGUGAGAAGACGGAAGAUCACUUACUAGUGGGAGCUCUGCCAAAAGUUCCCUGCCAUGGAACUCAGCUUGCCCGGAUAAAAAAGCACCAGCCGGCGGAGCAGCCCACGGAGCGACCAUAGACCCAGCCCGUCCGGUAACCGCGCUCCUCGAUCAAAUCAGCUCGGCUCGGCUCCGCUCCGCGGCGGCGGCGGCGAAAGGAAGAGGAUGGCCCCCUAGUCUCCUUGACGCCGGCCGACAACACUCAACUGUGCAAACUCGUUCCUAUCGACAAAAGUUCCGGCCCGCUGUAGCGGAGGGAGCCGGCAGGGAGGCGUUGACCUGUGGGCGCGCUGAGGUGGAAGGGAACUAGUGAUCGCGAGAGCUCGCGGCUCCGCGGUUGGAAAGCUCUCUGGAGAGCGUCUUGCCGGUUCUGGCCUAAGGCCCAAGCCACUCGAUCUUCUGUCCUCAGUACGGGAGUUGUUGAGUGGGUCUAACGUGGAGGAAGCAGCUUAGUUCGGGGGUUGUGUUAUUACCUCUUCCAGUGCUUCAAAAACAGGACAAUGGCAUUAUAAUAAAGUAUAAGAUUUUGUGACUUUUUUUUCCUGUGAUUGGAAAAAGGAAUAAAUGAAGAUGACUUUGUUCUCGCUGA